AAUCUCCAUAUAAACACAAAAAAGAGUAUAGUAGAAAAUCUCAUAAUAACUAGCUACUUACUAAUUAUGUAAAAAGAGAAGAGUAUCGCUUCUGCCACAUACACUAUUACUUCUGCUACGACUGCAACUACAACUACUACCCUACUAGUGCUUAACUUAUAACCUCAAACCAAUACAUACUUAGCAAUCCAAUUCUUCAGGCAUGGGCAUGAAACGAGAACCCACGUUUGACAUUUCACAUUCAGAGAAGAACGAAUCGCUAAUUAGGGGUGGCUGGGACUUUGGCUACUCUUCCUCUUCCGAGGUUGAGGUCCACUCAUCAUAUUCAAAUCUUUCAUGGUCCUUCUUCUCACUUUCGCCAAACUUGCAAACUCCCUUAGGAGGAUGGUGGAAACGCAAUUUCCCUCCUAGUCUCCACGGGCAGUAAACACAGCCCUUGCCAUUAUCUGCGAGCAACAAAAUCAUGGUUUUCAUCAUCAUCAUCAUCAUCAUCAUCGUUAACUCACCAAAGAACACUAUAACCUUCCCCGUAGAUUGACUCAGUCUCAGCGAAAAACAAUCGAAUGUCAGAAGGGUUGUAUUGCCCGGCGGCGGAGGACGAACCAUCAAUUACAUUGACAGACUUGGCAGUAAAGAUGGCGUGGACGAUAAGGGUACCAGGAAACAGAAAACACUUGCUGAAGAUGGGUUCAUCCAGCUCAAAGUUUGAGCCCUAAUUCAUCUCAUUGUAGUAUUUCAGACCCGCUGUUCCAGCACGGGUGACUUGGUUCUUCAUGAUUCGUUCUCGUUCAGGAUCAACAUGGUCCUCAUCCUCGGACCACCUACAAACCCAAAAAAACAUACUCUCAAAUCAAAUGAUGAACCGCAAAACCAAACAACAGCAAAACUUACAACGCAUCGAUGUCGGAUCCUAUCUCCACCACGCUGUCCUCGUCAUCAGAAACCUCCCACGGCAGACGAGCCGGAGCCGGUUCUCCCCCACCCACCUGUUGAUCCGACGCUGAAAUUGGCAUCGGCGGUUCUCCUCCGGCAGGCACUUGAUCAUCAUGUUUCUCCCAACGUCAGGUGCUUGUCAAACUCGGUGAAUCCACCAGCUGCGAUGGAGCAAGUGGCUGCUACGAUGGAACAAGUUAAGCUGCUUACUUCAGUUAACGAUCAACAUGGAGGAGUCAUAGUGGAGUUGUCUGAACCAAUUGACUCAGGGAUCUUUGCUUCGAUGCUCAGAAUUUCGAUCAGCGAAUGGAGAAAGCUGGGUAAGAAGGGGGUAUGGAUCAAACUUCCCAUUGAGCUUUGCAGUCUUGUUGAAGUUGCAGUCAAGGAAGGAUUUUGGUAUCAUCAUGCAGAGCCAACAUACUUGAUGCUUGUUAGUUGGCUCCCUGGAGGUGCUCAUCCUCUUCCACCAAAUGCCAGCCAUAGAGUCGGAGUAGGUGCAUUUGUGAUGAAUGAGAAAAGGGAGGUGCUAGUCGUCCAGGAGAACAGUGGAAUAUUUCGAGGAACAGGAAUCUGGAAGUUCCCUACUGGAGUUGUUGAAGAGGGAGAGGAUCUCUGCACAGCUGCUGUAAGGGAAGUCAAAGAGGAAACUGCUAUCGAUGCAGAAUUCAUGGAGAUUUUAGCUUUCAGGCAAACCCACAAGGCGUACUUUGAGAAGUCGGAUUUGUUCUUCCUGUGUAUGCUGCGACCCAUCUCUUUCGACGUCCAGAGGCAGGAAGCAGAGAUAGAGGCAGCAAAGUGGAUGCCCUGGGACGAAUAUGUGGCUCAGCCAUUCGUGCAAAAGACUGAAUUCGUGAAGCACAUUAGUGACAUAUGCUUGGCAAAGGUUGACGGGGACUACACCGGGUUCUGUGCCAUUCCCACUGCUUCUUCUGGUGGUCAAAUGGGCCAUGUGUACCAGAAUGCACAAGGCCGGAGAAGGUAGUACUGCAGAGUCCUUUGAGAAGGAAGGAAGAUGUCAAACUUCUAGUUUAUAGAAGACGCAGUAUUGGUUGGUUCUUGAUUGAUUGGGAGUUACUCAUUCGGCAAUAAGUUCAUUUCAUUCCAGUUUGCGGCAAGUGAAGGGGACAGGCCAUGUGAGCUUGGUUGCUAUAGUCGCAUUGAAGGCGGAGAAGUCAUAUUUACUGAUCGCAACUUGAGGCUCUUUAAGCGUCUAAUAUCUGAAGAUAUUGGAGAGGAUCUUAAUCAAGGCUUUGAUACUUUCAUUGAAAAGAAAGAUUUGGGCUCUGAAGGGUUCGGCGACCUCCUUGGUUGUAUAAGGGAAAAGAAUAUUCCGCUGCAAAAUAUGCAUUUCGUGACUUUCCGGAACAACCUAAAUAAGCAAUGAUUGGUGAUAUAUUUCUAGAAGUGCGAGGUUGUCUGAAAUCUUUUCAUCAUCUGCUAUUAUCUGCCGUGUAGAGUAGAUCAUGCAAACUGCUUAUAUUCGACACGAGCCAUGGGAAAUGGGGGUGCAUAAGAGGAAUGGAGUUGUGUACCUUGAUGUACAUAAACUUCCUGAACGACCCCAGAGUGAGUUCGAAAGAAAGAGGUGUUACUGGGGAUAUUGUUUUGAGACCUUAGCCACUGAAGAUCCAGGAAGAGCUGAUGGAGAACCUAUACAUCAUGUUGAUGCCAACGUGGAGUAUUGUGCUAUGUUUAAAACCAAGUUAGGGGCUCAUCGCAUAUUGAUGGGUGCUGAAAUGGAUUGUUGCGAUUCUACUGAUGAUGGAAGGAGGUUUUAUGUGGAGUUGAAGACAAAUCGUGAGUUGGAGUAUCAUACAGAGGAAAAAUUUGAGAGGGAGAAACUGCUCAAGGUUUGGAUUCAAUCAUUCUUAGCUGGGGUUCCUUACAUCGUGAUUGGAUUCAGGGAUGAUCACGGCCGACUUGUACGAACAGAGAGGCUAAGAACUAAAGAUAUAACACAAAGAGUGAAAAUGAAGAACUACUGGCAGGGAGGUGUCUGUCUAGCGUUUGCAGAUGAGGUACUAUGCUGGCUCUAUGGAACAGUGAAAGAAAACGAAGAUUACAUACUGCAGUUUGCGCACCCUUUCAUGCGGUUAGAGCUUCUACAAGCGCAAUCUUGCCCCGAAGCUAUCACUAACCAUGUUAGUCAGUUGUGAGAAGCUCGUGUAUAAAGAACCUUCGUACUUUUGUAUGGCCUUCAAUAUGAAAGAUCAUCCAUA